CAAAUUCAUUCAUAAUUUUUUAAGGUUAGACGUAACACGAUUCAAAAAUCAACAUGGUUACGGUUAUUCAAAGCGAUUUAAAUAUGGAAAGCACGAAUUUGUUAACAAAUGCCAUUACUUAUUUGGACCGUGUAUCCACUUUGCCUGAAAUAAAGGAACCUACACUAAAAUCUUUCAUUUCCUUAAAAACUAAGUUGAUGUCAUUAAAAUUGAAUAAUCAAGUAAAUGUAAACCCGUCUUCGCUCUAUUGCCAGCGUUGUUUCUUGUCCCUUCGUGAUGGACCAACAAAAUAUAAAGUUAAACCUAAAAAUAAGAACCACCGAUUCGCCAAGAAAAUGUUAAAUAAACGAAACAACGGGAUACCUCUUACUAAAUACCAAGAGGAAUACCUACAACGUAACCGUAGUUUCAAUGGAAAUUAUUUAGAAGUAACAUGUGGUUUUUGCAAAAAUAAAACAAUAAAAAAUAUUCCUGCUCCACCUAAUUUACAAUCGGAUAGUAGGAAACGGCAGAAAGAUUUAUCGAUUAUCAAGAAACAAAGGAAAAAAAAAGGAGAUAAGCUUUGUGGUCUCAACGAAGAGGCUGUUAUAUCUGUAGAAUCAAAGAAAAAGAGAAGAAAAGGUAAAAAAUCGGGAGUGGAAGACUGUUCGAUUAUCUGCCUAGAUACACCUAAGAAGAAACCAAAGUUAUGUAAUAACAAUAAUAACGAUGAAUCUGUUAUUCUAUUAGAAAAUACAAGUAUUAUUGAGCAAGUAGGACAAGUUGAACAGAAGAACGAGGAAAAUAAUCCUCCGAGUAAUAACAAUUCUAUUAUUAUUUGCACAGAUUUGAUUGAGUCUGACAAACCUCAAAAUAAUAAACCGAAAAGUAAUAAAUCUCAUAGGACACAACGAGCUGAAGAAUCUUUUAUCGAUCAGAGGAAUUAUUGGAGUCCAGAAUUCGAACCUAGCAAUCAGAAAUUUAAAUUCACAAAGAAAAAACGUCCUCGACAGGCACUUGAUUUAUCUACACCAGUAGAAAGUACACCGAAAUCAAACAGCGCUAUCAAGAAGCAAAAGACAUCCAAUCUAAAAUUAUCUAAAUUAUUGAACGAAGGCGCAAACAAAAAGAAGUCUUCAUCAAAUUUGUUACAGUUUUUAGAAAGUUUGUAAUUGCUAAAAGAGAUUUAAUAAAACAGC